CAGGCGUAUUUUUUUCUUCUUUUUUUGUCGAGCUCCCCGCAUGAAACGUCAAAACAAAGUGGUUAACCAAGAUGUCGGAUUUGAAUGACGACUUGCUCAGUUAUGAGCUGGCGGAAGGUGAAGAUCCGGCCCUUCUGAAUGAGGACGAAUUGCUGCUGUCCGACGAUGAGAGUGGCAUCAAGCUCGAGCAGCACGAGGAGGAGUUCCUGCUCAGCGAAUCGGAAGACUGGGUCGCCAAGCAGCUCGCCGCUAAGGAGAAGGAAGCAGCUCAACGUCAGUCGAAAAAAUCGGAUACCUCAGCGACGACCACAACAAAGACGACGACUCCAACCGUCGUUCCUGCUCCUAGGGAAGAUGCAGCACCACCACAGCCGAAGAAGAUCGCCAACAACGCCGAACGAAUGCCACCUUCGUCGCAGAAGCAGCAGCAACAGCGUAGUGAAAUACCAAAAGAGGUAUCGCAUCCUGUUCCGGAAGUGAAGAAAGAAAUCAUCAAACCAGAAAUAGUGCAACCAGUAAAGGAAGUUCCUCGACAGGAAGUUCAACCGAUCGUAAAAGAUGAACCUCCUUCCAGUCAGGAGACGAUCUUGCCAGCCUCGACAGAAUCCGAAUCCGGCAGGGAUACCACAACGGACAUGUCAUCCGUAUCGGGUUCUUCUCUCGUUCCGGAGUCAGCCUCAGGAACCUCUCUGUUCACGGAAUCCUCCGUGUCGCAAACGGAUUUGGAUGUUUCAUCUGCUCGGGAGUCGACCCAAACGGAGGAAGAAACGGAUGCCGUUUCUUCGCAAGCCUCCACCCAACCGGAAGCCAAAGAUUCGAAGGCUUCUUCAAACGAAAAGCCCAAAUCCUCCAGUCAACAGUGCGACACCACCUCAACUGAGGACGUAUUGGAUUUGUACGUUAAGGAUCGUGAACAGGACUUUUCCUACGAUACCGAUGAAUCUACAGAGAAACGUGACUGGAAGCACGAAACCAGCAAUAAGAAUUCCUCUGCGUCCCAUCAUCAGCAACAGCAAUCCCAUCGGCCGCAUUCAAAUAGGCCCAACAAUUACAAACAUUCCGGCGACUCCAGUGGAUCUUCUUCGGGAGAACAACACUUCCCGCCUCAUGGAAUGCUGCCACAUCCGGGAGGUCCCGGAGGACCAGGUUUCGGCCCAGGUCCAUUCCGAGGUGGUAUGCGACCUCGUUUCCCACCGCGACCCGGUUUUCCCGGUGACAUGAACAACUUCCGCAACAGUCGGAUGAACUUUCCCAUGGGGGGUCGACCACCGUUUCCGCCACGUGGACCUCCAUUUGAUCCCAUGAUGCGACCGGGAAUGAUGCGUCCCGGUGAUCGGCCGCCUUUCGAUCCCAUGCGUGGAGGACCACGAAUGGGACCCGGUGGACCAAUGUAUCGUCCAGGUGGCCCCGGUGCUCCCCCACCCGGUGGACCUCCUUUCGGCCCAAUGGGUGGACCAGGUAGAGGCCCAGAAAUGCCCUCUGGUGGUCCUCCAGGUCCAAUGGGAGCAAUGCCGAUUCAUCCGCCUCCACUUCUUGGAUUCGAUAAUCCCCCCCUUGCGGCAGUCCCAGCUGUGCCUGUGAUUCCCGCCACUCCGGUUCUUCCCAGAAAGGUUUUGAUCAAUCCUAAUUUCAAGGGAGGUGUUGAAGCAGCAACUAAUCAACUGAUGCGCGACGCGCUCAGCAGCCAACAGUUCCUGGCCAACAUCAACAGCCGGCCGGUCAGUGACGAAGAGCUGCUCCGACAGCAGGAAGAGUUCAUCAACAAGAACCGGAUCGAAGUGGAGAAACGUCGCUUUGAGCGAUCGCCAUCCCGCGAGCGGGAAAGGGAACGCGAUCGUGAUCGGGACCGGGAGCGGGACAGAGAUCGCGACAGGGAGCGUGACCGUGAACGAGAUCGGGAUCGGGAGCGCGAUCGGGAACGGGGUCGUUCGAGGGAACGGGAACGCGACCGCGACAAGGAUCGCAGCGACAGGGAACAUCGCGAUCGGUCGCCACGGGAUCGGUCGAGGUCACCGCGGCGGCAUCGUGCCGGAAGUCGGGACCGGGACACGAACCGGCCGCCCAGAAGGAAUUUCCCAUCGCGGCGCCAUGGUAGUCGCGAUCGGGACGACGACAAUCGGUAUCCGAAGAGGCGGAAGAGUGGCGACUUUGGGGACAAUCCGAGGAGCAACAAUGACAGAAAGGAUGACGAUGAAGAUCCGGAAAUCAGAGCGUACCGGAUGGAAAUCGAGAAGCAGAAAGCUGCCCGAGAGAAGAUUCUUCGAGAUAAGGAAAUGCGUCGGAAACAAGCGGCGGAGGAGAACAAGAAGCCGAGACCUUCGGACCGUAAAUCCGAGGAACCACCCGCCAAGUACACUCCGAUCGUAGUGACCGAAAAGAAGAUCAUCUCCCUCAAAAAGAAAUCCGAAUUGGACGGCAAGCCGUCCUCGGAUCGCCAUUCAUCGUCCUCGUCGUCAUCGCGUAAGCCCCCCGCACUGCCGGUAGAUUCGCCCAAGAAAGCCCCGGUGGCCACUUUGUCGGAAAAUGAUCCAUCGAAGAAGGCUCAAUCCGCUGCUCCGCCGCCCUCAGAAGAGGAACUAACCUAUGAGCCUUCAUUGUCCCCGAGCUCGCCCAAACGGAAGGUCAUCGACAACCGCGAUGAGCUGGAUCUCUUCCUGGAUGCGUACGAAGAAGAGCUACUGAACGAAGUCGAUACUUCUUCGCCGCCGAAGGAGAAACCUCCCCCACUGGUCAGCAGCAACAAUCGGGACAGUGGCCGCGAAGUUCGCGAUAGUGGCCGCGAGAGUCGUGACAGUGGCCGCGACAAUCGCGACAGCCGCAGUGGGUUUGGCUCCGGAAGUCGGCGCAUCGUGAUCAAACCGGUUUCCGGGUCGGAUUCCCGCCAGAGCGAAAAGGACAAAGCUCCGCCGGCGAAAAAGUCCAGAGUAUUUGAUAGGCUAGAUAAGCGGAUAGGGGUCAAUGAUGCGGACAAACGCAAACUGCAAAGGAUGUCGCCGGAGGAGGUUGUAGUUUUCAGCGAUUCCCGUUCAGAUCGUCGGACCACCAUCGGAAGCACGGUGGUUGUCGUUAAACGGGAUCGAAGCCCGCGCUCACCCUCGGAAGACUACGAAAAAGACGACGAACGAAAUCCGUCAAGGCGACAUAAGAAAUCUAAGAAAAGCAGGCACAGUAGAAAGCAUUAGAGAUUGAAAUAGGAUUAGGCUCUUGGGGAGUGAUUGACGCUGGUGAAAAGUUCAGUGUUUUUUGCACGCGCAUUAUAUUUUUGAUUUUGUGUAGGGCAUAAUUUUGUUAUUGUAAA